AGCAAUCAAUGACUCAAUAAAUCCAUUGUAAAUAUUUCUGUUUAAAAUAUGCAUACAUAAAUAAAGUAAUAAAAAAUACACUUUCAGGGCUUAAAAUGUUAUGCUAAGCUUCAAAAAGAAAACUGCUCCAGUAACAGGCCAACCCCCUGCCGGAGUCAGGAGCGGGUUCUUAAAUAAUCAGGGACUAAUUAGUCUUAAUUCAGCGUAGGAAAUGAAUCAGAUAGUGGAGCGGCGCGACAAACAGCAAGGAGGUAACGUCAUCACGUCCGCGUCGUCAUGGCAACAACCGGACACGCUUUCUGUUCAAGGAAAACAAGUUCAGCAAAGUACGAUUGAGUUGUAACAGUUCAGGCCUACGAACUAAAGAUAAACCCUCACACCAAUAAAGAACGAAACGAUGGCAGUUAACAUGGCCCAGAAUGUUCUGGACCCCCUGGCGCUGGACGAACCCUGCGCUGAGGAAGAGGAGGAGACCGAGGACAACACACAGUCUGUGUGGGAACAUGAUCCGCUCGCACAGAUCCCCAUCAAAGUCCUGCGUGGUCACACAGACACCGUCAGCAGCUGCCAGCUAGCACUUAACGACCAGAAGCUUGUCACCUCCUCUUACGACAAGACAGCCAUCCUCUGGGAUGUGGAGUCGGGGGAACCCCUGCGUGUGUUUGAGAGGGGGCAUACUGCCCCUGUCACUCAGUGUGCCCUGAUACCUCAAAAGAACAGACUGAUCACUGCGUCCUGGGACAAGACUCUGCAGGCCUGGGAUCUGGAGACUGGACAAACACUGUGGUCUGCCCCACAGGGUGGCCUGCUGACAUCGUGCAGUGUGUCGGGUGAUGGUGAGGUAGUGGCGUCGGCCACAGACAUAGAGAACGGGCUCUACCUCACCUGUGCCGACACGGGAAAGCAGAUCACCUUUAUUAAAGGCCACCACAAGUCUACGAUCCCCCGGUGCUGCUUCGACCCCCUGGACCGGCACGUGGCCACCGUGUCCGCAGACAAGAGCAUCAAACUCUGGGACCUGAACUCACGCCAGACUACCCUCUCCAUCGCCAGCUCCCACACCAACGUCAUCUCCAACUGCUGCUUCACCAAAGAUGGCCGCUACCUGUGCACGGCCUCCUGGGAUAAGACACUGCAGCUGUGGGACGUUACCACGGGAACGUUCCGCUCCCAGGGUGGUGAAGGGCACAACAUCGGCCAUGACGGCUGUGUCAGCUCCUGCAUGUUCUCAGACGACGCUGCUCUGCUGGUGUCUGGAGCCUAUGACCGCACAGUGGCUGUGUGGGACAUGAGGGCCAUCUGUAAGCUCCUCCUGCUCAAGGGCCACAUGGACUGGGUCAUGGAUGUUGCCAUCAGUGCAGACAAGAAGUGGGUGGUGUCCUGCUCUAAGGACACAACCGUGCGUCUGUGGAAUAUUGAACACACUGAGGAGAUACCGGCCGUGAUCGAGACCCGGCGGACCCAGGCCGGGGGGUACCAGAUCAUGAAGUGUGAAGAGUGUGCGAGGUCUUUCUCCGUCUUCCGAAUGGAGUCGGACUCCACCACCAAAUGCGUUUUCUGUCGACUGAAAGCACCAACGACAUAUAUACCAGUCCCACCUCCUUGCUUUUGAAGACAGCAAGCUGUUUGUACAAGAUUUAUAGAAAGAAUGAUUUAUAAACUGCUUUGGACACGAACACAUUGCCACGUAAUCCUAGAUUGUGGCUUUGACCUUAUUAACCGCGAUUUUCGAAGUGAUGAAACAACGGCGCCGUGGCUUAGUUGGUUAAAGCGCCUGUCUAGUAAACAGGAGAUCCUGGGUUCGAAUCCCAGCGGUGCCUUUUACUACUCGUAGAUAGAAUGUUUUUCUGCACUUUGAGAAAUCCAGAUGAAAUUUGAAAUAAAAAUGUGGUAUAUCUUU